ACUUUGGAGGCCUCAAACGCGCGUAGCUUUGCGUGCAGCGUGGACAGCUUGGUUUGGUCUGGCAAAGCCGCUGCGUCUCGCCACAGCCAUCACGCUUGCUGCGCCGCCGGAUACGCGGCGAAGCGGGCACCAUGCGCGCCACAGCAUGGCUCAUAGUCGCUUUGUGUGCCCUCGGCGCGCUUGCCGACGAGCCCAAGAAGAAGAAGAAUGCUAAACCGAAGAAGGAAAAGAAAGACGCCAAGAAGGAGCAAAAACAAAAGGACUGCCCGGCGUGCCCCGCGGACCUCUCGGAUGAAUUAGCAGCAGCCACGGCACGCGCCGAGAAGGCCGAGGCGAAGACCUGCCCCGAGGAUUUGAGUGAGGCGCUCGCCGCCGCCGAGACGCGCGCCUCCAUAGCCGAGGAGAAGGCCGUGGAAUUGCAGAAGAACGUCGACGACGAGAUCGCCAAGGUCGUCGAGGCGAAAAAAGACGCCAAGCACUGGAAGGCCCAGGUCGACGGCCUCGAGGAGGCCCUCCAAUCGACGAAGGCGGCCCUCGCCACGUCCCAUGCCGAGCCCGUCGUGCCUGGGGUAUCUAUCUCAAAUGAUGGUACCGUGGCGUUCAACGCCACGGAUGGACUCAUAGCGGCCCAGAACGGCGCCGGGGCCGCGCUGGCCAUGGCCGGCGAGGCCGCGAAGACGGGCUACCAGGCGCUCGUCGACGCCAUUCCGACAGAGGAGGCCAAGAAGCUCGGCGAGGAUGCGGUGGAUGCGAUGUACGGUGCCGUCGACAAGGGCAAGGCCAAGACGGCGGAAGCGUAUGGUAAUGCCUGGGGCUACGCCGUGGCCAAUGAAUAUGUUGCGCCGGCGACGCAGUCUCAGGUCGAAGAGAAAGUAUCCGUCGCGUACAGCAAGGCCGCCUCGAUCACUUCGGAUGUGUGCUACGACAAGAUUCCUUCAUUAUAUGAAAAGCACGCGAAAAAAUACGUCGACGCCGCUUUGAUUGAAAUCGGCGAGCGGAAGGCGCUGGCCACGGUCGAAUUAAGGGAGCUCUUUGCCCACGCCCAGCAGGCCUUGCAUGAUCGCGUCCAGCAGCUGAAGGAGAAGCUGCCGACGUCGGCGGAUCUGAAGAGUAGGGCGGACUCGGCGCGGGAAGUGGUGGCCCUCCGCUUCCACGCCUUGUUAGUGGCCGCGGGCGCCUGCGACGAGACGAGCGAUGUGCCGUGCGCGCCGGCGAAGCGCCUCGCGUCCGCGUGCGUCGCCUGCUGGGCGGUGGCCGCGUGCGUUUUACUAUUAAUCGCGGCCUACCAUUUGGUGGGGAUGUUAUUGGGUCUGGCGAAGAAAUUGGUCGUCGCCGUGGGCAAGCGCGCCGUGCGCCUGCCGCUCAUGCUGAUUAAGCUGGCCAUCGCGUUGGUGGUCCUCGCGGUGUCGCUUGCUCUCAAACUCGCGCUGCUGCCCCUCCGCAUCGUGCUGCUGCCCGUGACGCUGCCGCUCGCCUUGCUCGCGCGGAAGAAGGGGCCCGCGAAGGCGUCGGCGCGGCCGCCGCGCAAGAAUUCUCCUGCCCGCGGGCGGCGCUAGAGAUCUGCCCCCCUCCCGCACGCGCGGGAAUAACUUCACAAACUUAUAUAAAUAUGCACACGAUAUGUCGAACGAGCAUCGAGAUAAG